AUGCGAGCAGGACUGACUUGGAACUUGCAGCUGGAGGGAGCGAAUGAUCUAACACUUGGAGAGUUCCCGUGCCGUACUCCACUGUCACCUUGCGACUCGUCUUUUUUGGAGAGAGGCAGCAUGUUCAAGAACAAGCACGUUCCGCGGAGAAGUCCUCCAAAGCCGGCACCGCCAAUCAGGAAGGUUUUCCAGAGUGUGGCCGGCCCAAUCCGCUACCUGGAAUUGCCGAAGAUGUGUCUGGGAGUGGGUUCCUUCGGAAAGGUCAUCCAAGCGGUCACUGAAGGCACGAAUCAUCCCGUUGCCAUCAAGACGUCGUUCAGCAAAAUAGACGAAGGGACGCUGCACGAGUUUGAUAUCCUGAAUGGCAUUGGACGACACCCAAACAUCAUUCAGCUAGUAGAUUUGGUAGUGGAGUUGACAUCGCACUCGUCCGAAACCCAUCUAGUUGUGAACAAAUGCCAUGGUGCUUUGUGGUCCUGGUUGGGGCGUUGCCGCCAGCCCGUUCCGGCCAACGUUCGCACGGAGAUCACCAGACAAGUCUACUCUGGUCUAGCGUUUAUCCACAGCAAGGGAUGGGUACAUAACGACCUGCAUUCCGCCAAUAUCCUUGUUAGCGGCUACAACGGUCAAGUCAGCAUCACCGACUUCGGCAUGUCUCUUCGCUUCACAGGCGACGACGGUGUUAAUAUUGUGUCCCAACACAGAGACUUGAGAUCCGUCACGUUGCAAGUGAUCCUCGAAAUGUGGCUGGGUAGAGGAACUAAAUACGUCAAGAUGGUUCGUGAUUGCGCCGUGGUGAUGCACAAUCAUGGCGUUAACAGUGAACUAAUUGGUAUGGCCCAGCACUGGCUAAUUUACCGUGCCGGCGAGGUCUUUCGCAGCGAUAAUAAUCGUAACAUCGGGUGCGAGUACCGAACUGCACUGGGCGAAUGUCCAGACCUACAGCGUGCCAUUCUGCUCAUACACUCGUACGCCUUGACGCAUGACAUCCUGAAUCGUGGUAUGGCCGUUCCGCAGGACCUGCACAGGCUGUUCCGCUAUGGCAUUUUGGCGGGACCAGAUCACAAGCUCAGCGCUACGUAUAUCUCCACACAGCUAGACAAUAGCUUGAGCGAGGGUUACCGCCAACAGGCGCAGAGUGAUAUCUGCAGCAUGACAGUUGAAAUGGAAUCUACAACUGUCUAA